UUUGCUCAUCAGCAGCUAUGGCUUCACUUCUCACUCUGCUGGGAGCUGUGCUCUGCUCCCUGAUGGUUUCUUCUGAAGUCGUACCUCAGGCAGACUUUGAUUUACAGGCGUUGGCAGGUAAGUGGUACCUGAUUGGAAUUGCCACUAACGAUCUGUGGUUUCUCAGCUUCAAAAACUUUGUUUUGAUGGGCACAGCCACCAUUACCCCAACUGCUGAUGGGGACCUGGAAUUGGUAUACUCUGAGCUCAGCCCUUAUGAUACAUGUUACACAAGUUACAUUUAUGCCAACAAGACCAAGGUGCCUGGAAUUUUCACAUAUGUAACUGAAUUCUGGGGAUAUGCUGAGUUGUGCAUGGCUUAUGCAAAAUAUGAUGAGUACUACCUGACUCACACCACCAACAACAGAGGGAAUGAAAGCUUUGCUGUUAACAGAUUAUACGGACGUGAUGUGGAGCUCAGCGCUGAGGUGCAGGAGAAGUUCAGGCAGUUCUCCUUGGAGACUGGAAUCCUGUCUGAAAAUAUCGUCAUCCUUCCCAAAAAUGAGGAGUGUCUCCCGGCUGAUCUUCCCUUCUGGUAA